AUGGACUCCCAAAUCGUUGACAUAGUACAAGUGUACCCCGACUCGUACACUCAAGCUAUCGAAUUAAUCCCCAUGUAUUGUCUUGAAACAACGAAAGACACCACAAAGGAAUGCUUAAAUGUGCUGCGGGAUUUUGUCAAUAGCCAACUUCGUAACAAUUAUAAUCAUUUAAAAAGGUGUCGAAAAGUGAACGAGGAAAAUGUCCAAAUACUUGUGGGUUUCUGUGACGAACUGCCAGACGAUUUACUUAGCAAAGUAGUGCAAAUAAAUGGAGCCAAACCAAUUACCAUAAAAAUGGUACAUGUAUCCAAGCACCCCCCAAUGACGAGAAAGCAGUACGCAGAGUGGUCCGUGCAUUGGCCACUCUACUAUAGAAAACCAGCAAAUGAGUUAACAACGUUAGCAAAAGAAGAAAUAAAAGAAUUCAUACACUUUGUAAAAAUUGCAAUUCGAGUUGGGAAGAAUUUUGGUACAUGCCAAGGUGGAUGCGUUUUAACACACAAUCAUAAAAUUAUUGCUUGUUCAGGUGAUAAUAUAAAAAAUCACCCACUGCAGCAUGCGGUGAUGUUGGCCAUUGAGCAGGCUUCCUUCAAAUUACGCUACCUGUGGAAAAUCAAAAAGGAAGUGCACAUGGGAACAAGCGAUUAUAACAGUAAAACUACGGAUUGCAUCACUAAUCACGUGGAGAAUACGCACACCUCGGAAUGCCUACAAGGCCCGAGUAACAAAAAAUUCAAAAUGGAAAAUAGAGAAGAAGGCAGCGUGCCAAGUGGAAGCACGCCGAACUUGAAAUUUGAAGCAGUGGAUGAGGAUGAAAUAGUCCAUGGUGGAGCCGCCGAUGGGGAAGAUCUCACGCGGUUAUCCAUGCUCAACCCUGUUGAGGACGACCAGUAUCUAUGCACGAAUUAUUACGCCUACCUAAGCCACGAACCCUGCUUUAUGUGUGCAAUGGCGAUGGUCCACUCACGCAUUAAAUGUGUCAUCUUUGAUAAAUUGAACAGAGACAAUGGGGCCUUGUUCAGUCGAGCAAAGCUUCACUCUGUAAAGAACCUCAAUCAUCAUUUUAAGGUUUACAAAACGGUGCGUUACAAGUCCUGA